AUGGAAAAUUUAAUGAUCAAUGAAUUAAAUAACAAUAAUAACAACCACAAUAAUGAUAAUAGUAUUGAUAAUAACAACAAUAAUGAAAAGAAAAUAAAUAAUAAAAAAAUGACACAUUGGGAAAUGUUACCGUCAUCAUCUAAUUGGUACUGUACAUUAAUUGCCGAUUGUAAUGAAAACCAAAUAUUUAUCUAUGCUUGUAAAUCAUUUGUAUCAAUUUUUGAUGUAAAUAAAAAAAAGUUUAUAGGCGAAUUAAUUGGACACAAUGAUAGAAUUACAUCAGUUUCAUUUUUUAAAAGAAUAGAUGACAAUAGUGAUACUAUUAUUAAUGGCGAAGAUAGAAAUAAAUUAUGUAUAACGGGAUCUGACGAUAAAACUGUUAGAAUUUGGAAUUAUGAGGAUUUAAAGUGUUUAUAUUUUCACCAAGAGCAUAAAGCAAGCGUAACAUGUGUUUUAUCAUCUCCAUUGGUUUCAGAUUUAGUUAUAUCCGGUGAUAAAGAUGGUACAUUGGUUAUAUGGAAAACCAAAUUCAAUCAUGUUUUGCCAGUAAUACCAAUCACUGGUAAUAUUUCAAUCACUUCACUUGCAUUCUCACCAAAUAAUCAAGAUUUAAUAACAAUAGGUUACUCAAAUGGUAUAGUUAUAAUUUAUAAUUUUAUAUUACGUACAAUCAUAUGCAAAAUUUCAGCACAUUCAUCUGAUGUUUUAUCAAUAGUUUGGUUUGAUUCAAAUAUAAUAUAUUCAAAUAAUAUUUUUAAUACAAAUAAGCUAAAUUUAAAUAGUACCGAUAAAAAUAUUUUACCUUGUGGUGUUUAUUUGUCAACUUGUUCAAAAGAUAAAUCCAUUAAAAUUUGGAAACAAGUCGGUAAUAGUAUUGAUAUUGGUUUUACAUCGCUAUAUCAAUUUAAUCCAGCAAAAUACUCAAUUCAACAUAGCAGUGGCGGUUCUUCAAUGAACGAAAAGCAACAAAGAGUAUGGUUAACUUUAUCAUGGUCACCUGCCUCACCCCAAUAUUUAAUAUCAAAUUCAUUAACUGCUGAUAUCUUAGUCUGGGACUUGAGCAAUUUAAAGCAAGCACCCGAAAAGUUCCAAACUGGUCACCAGAGAUUAAUAUUCAACAUUAUACAGGUACCAUCUCCAUCAACUAGUGUCAGUGUAGAUCCUAAUGAUACUUCAUCUUCAUCAACAAAUAAACCAAAUACAGCUAAAUAUAAAAAUAAAAUAAUAACAUUAUCACUAGAUAGGCAAAUAAUUAUUUGGGAGAAUAUGAAAUGGAAAACUAGAAUUCAAGCAUUGGGAGGUUUUGUUUAUAGUAUUGAUACAUGUAGCUAUACACCAAAUACCUUUGCAAUUGGUUGUGGGGAUAACACCAUUAGAUUAUGGUCUCCAACUGAAAACCAAAAGGAUAGAUACGAAUCAAAGAUGCUCUGGAAAGGGAUACAAUCAAAAGUUACAGCAAUUUCAUUUUGUAAAGAUUAUGGUAUCAAUCAUUCAACAUUAAUAGCAUUUGGCAUGGACGAUGGAAGAGCUGGUGUUUACAAUAUUAAUAAUAAUCAAUCAACAAUAUUUCCAGGGGGUCACAAAAAUGAAAUUUAUGAAAUUGUAUGGAAACCACCAAAUAAAAAUAAUACUGUAGAAAAUAAACAACAAGAAAAACCAAGUAAAAUCUAUACAAUUGGAAAUAAUGAAAUAUUUGAAUGGGACUAUAAUCAUUUUGACAAAGGCUUUACAAAUAUGGGUCCAUCUAUUCAAUCUAGAAAUCCAAACGAAACAUUUAGCAAACAUAGAACUGAUAUCAAUUGGAAUUUAGAUGGUGAUAUGGUAGCAAUUGGUCAUUCAGAUGGAACUAUAGAUAUAUUUAAUUCAGAUUUUAAACUAUUAACAAGAAUCAAAGAACAUAAAAAAUUAAUAAAUAGAGUAAAAUGGAGCCAAUUCCCUGAGCAUAAAAAUACUUUAGCUUCAGCAUCCAAUGAUAAAAAAAUUAAUAUUUAUAAAAUAAAUCAAAUCAAACAAAAUAUUGAAAAAGAUGAAAAUCAAGAAGAAAAUCAAAAAAAAGAGGGAAUAGAAGAAUUUAAAAUUGAAUUGAUUUAUCAAUUUUCUGGACAUAGGAAUAAUGUUUGCUCCAUUGAUUGGUCGAAACAUGAUUGGAGAUUACUGGCCUCAGCUUCGGCAGAUGGUACAAUACAGGUAUGGAAUAUUGAAAGUAAAGAGUUGGUUUCAAAUAUGAGAGGUCAUGACGGAAGAGUAUUUACAGUAUGUUGGAGCUUUGUCGAACCAAACUUAUUAUCAACAGGUGGUGAAGAUCAAACUGUUAGAAUUUGGGACUAUACCAAGCAACCGUAUAAAACUCCAAAUGAAUCAUUACCAACUAAACCAUCACCACCACAAAUAGCAAUAUCAUUAAAUAAAAAAAUUGAGGAAAAUAAACAACAAAACUUACAAGAAACUUUAGUCAACACAAACACAUCAUCAUCAACAACAAGUACAGCCAUAGCAAUAAAUAACCCAGUUUCUCCAUCAAAAAACCAAAGCUCAACAUCACCAGUAUUAUUACCAGAAAAUUUACCAAAAAAAAGACCAAUAUUAUUAUUAAAUAAAGAUAUUGUUCAAAAAGUAGAUAAUACUCAAUCAGUAAUACCUUUAGCCAAAUAUAUUUUAGAAAAUGAGGAUAAAGUAAAUAUUGAUUAUGGUGGUAAUUGUGGAAAUGAUAAAAUAGAAGCAAUCUUUUCAGAAAAGAAAUUGGUUAUUGAUAAACUAAUCGAAAAAGAAUCAAAUGAAUUAUUAAAGAUUGACGAUAUUGAAAAUUAUUUAUCAAUUAAUUGUUGGAAUGGUAAUAUAAAGAAUGCACUGUAUCAAAUUAUAAAGAAUGGAAAGUUAACAGGUAAUAUUGUUGCACUAAGUAUUCAAGCCGGCAGGGAAAUUUAUGAAUCAAUUUGUUCGUUAUACUCUCAACAACUUAUAUGCACUGGUGAUUUCCAUAUGGCAGUCUCUUAUCUUUUGCUAACCGGCCAUGUUAAAGAUGCUAUCGAUGUCUAUAGAAAUGCAAUGCUAUAUCAAGAAGCAAUCCUAUUGGCCAAAUCUCGUUUCCCAAUUGAUGAUCCUAUAAUAGACCAAUUAUUUUUAGAAUGGGCUAAACUAACUGAAACAUCUCAUUCAAUUCAUAGUAUAAAAUGUUAUUUAGCAAUUUCAAAAUCUCAAUACGAAACAACUAAAAGUGAAAUUUUAAAAAUACUCUCAAUACCAACAAAACAAACUUUAAAAAUUCAAAAUGAUUUAAUAAAUUAUUUAAAAUAAAAAAUCAUUAUAAUAAAUUUUUUA